GAUUCGUGCAUACGCCGCGGUGUCGCCACAGUCGAGCCCGUCGAAGAGAGAGAGAAGUGGAAGCCAUUUUGUCGUGUGCUGAUCAGUCUACGAGAGGAAAACAAAAAGCGCCGAGAACCCGAGACAGCCAUGUCGAAAGACGAGAUCGUGUUGGAAACGGCCCCCUUCGAUCCGCGGUUCCCCAACACGAACCAGACUCGCUACUGUUAUCAGAGCUACCUCGAUUUUUACCGGUGCAGGAAGGUCCGCGGGGAGAACUACGAGCCGUGCAACUACUUCAAGAAGGUGUACAGUUCGAUUUGCCCCACGUCAUGGACCGAAAAGUGGGACAGUCAGCGCGCCGAGGGCACCUUCCCCGCCACAAUCUGAGCCGCCGGGCCGUAGGAGCGCGCGUUAUCCAUAGCUAGUUCUUGUAGAUUUUUGUUUUAAUAAAUUUACUCUACCGGUAA